AUGACAGGCAACUCAUGGACCGACAAUAUGGAUCAGUUUGAAGCAGGGAAAGGGUUCUGGGAAGGGGUUGGGGAGGGGGAGAUUGUGAGGCGGAGGGCGGAUGUGGUCAAGUCUGGACAGGGGGUUAUUGGGAGAUGGGGGAAGCUUGGGCAAGAGAGGGGGAUUGUUUUGACUGAUGGGCAUAAUAAGGAUACGACGCUGAGGACGAUAACGACGAUCAAGCAUCUGAGAGGGCUUGGGGUGAGCUUGCCAUUUCAAGUGUUUCGUGACCCAGGCAAAACCAGUAAUCGAAAACAACAUCAAGCUGUUGAAGAGCUCGGUGCGACUCUGCGCGAGGCGAAUGGUCUUUCCAAAGAACCCGGAGCUUGCAAGAUCAAAGGCGCCGCCCUAGUCGACUCUUCCUUCCGCAAAUCAUCUACCUCGACUCUGACAACACCUCCCAACCCCCGCACCUCCCCCGUCCACCUCUUCGAGGCCCCCAUCUCCACAACCUCCGGGCGCGCCGCUUUCUGGCCUGACCUCACCAACGAUCACUCGCACAACGCUGGCGCAACAUAG